GCGCAGCAGGAAGGAGAAGAAGAAGAAUUAACAAGACUGAUCUCAAAUGCAGAAGGAGGAGGGGGAGAUGGGAGGAGGAGCAGAAGCACAAAUGGAGAUGGUGGGGAAGGCCUUUGUGAAGCACUAUUACGGUCUCUUCGACGCCGGUAGCAGGCCAGCGCUCGCCGGGCUCUACCACCCCUCCACCUCCAUUCUAUCCUUUGAAGGUCGGCGAUUCGACGGAGCCGACAGCAUCGGCCGCCAUCUCUCUCAGCUCCCCUUCGACCUCUGCCGCCACAUGGUGGCCACCGUCGACUGUCAGGGGUCCCCAUUCGCCGCUGGCGGCAUCCUUGUGUUUGUCACCGGAAGCUUGCAACUUUCCGGCGAGGAACACAGCCUCAGCUUUAGCCAGAUGUUUCAGCUCGUACAGUCGACGGAGGGGAGAUUUUACGUGCAAAAUGAUAUAUUCAGGCUGAACUAUGGAUGAAAAUCUGCUACGGUCUGAUCAAAGGGAUGAAUUGGUUGGAUUUCAGAAAUAUUUUAUAUAUUUAUGUAUAAGAUUAUUUUUUUACUUGGCUGCAAUUUUUGGAUGGUUUAUUUUCGUUGAAUUACUGUAAUAAUUCCGUCAAUUAUAUUUGUGGUGAUUGUGAUGAAAGUUUUAAAAUAUUUGGGAUGAGAAAAUAAAAAAAAAAAA